UGCUGACUCAGCAAUUGUGCAAUCAGCAAAGAAGCCAGUGCAGCAAGCAAGAAGCCAGAAGAAGCAAAGAAGACAACAACAGCAGCAACAGCAACAAUGGGGAGGAAGAAGACGCAGACGCAGCACACAAGCGGCAGUGAAGAUAGUGGAGGGGAUGCUGGGGGAGGAGAUGCGCCACGCUUGGUAGCGGCAAUCGACCAGGGCACAUCCAGCACACGAUGCUCGGUGUGGAACGAGGAUGGGGAGUGCAUUGCCAGCCACCAGAUUGAGUUGGACGCCCACUACCCCGCUUCAGGAUGGAUGGAACAAGACCCGCUGGAGAUCUUGGAGCAGGUGCACACGUGUAUCAACAAAGUCUGUGACGUGCUCAAGGGCAAAGGGUAUGAGCCGUCAUCCAUCAAGGUGAUUGGCAUCACCAACCAGCGUGAAACCACCGUGGUCUGGGACAAAGGCACUGGUCAACCUUUGCACAACGCCAUCGUCUGGCAGGACACGCGAACGGCACCAACCGUGGAGCGCCUCAUCAACGACACGCCAACACAGGACAUGAACUACUUCCAGAAAAAGUGCGGCCUUCCCUUCUCCACAUAUUUUAGUGCGCUGAAACUUCGCUGGAUGCUUGACAACAUCCCUCUUGUCAGGGAGGAGGUAGCUGCAGGCCGCUGCAUGUGCGGCACCAUCGAUUCCUGGCUCAUCUGGAACCUUACAGGCGGGCUGCGCGGCGGCGUGCAUGUGACGGACGUGACCAACGCCAGCCGCACCAUGCUCAUGAACGUCAACACGCUCCAGUGGGACACAGACAUCUGCAAGUCAGUGCCUGCAGCGGAGCUGGAUGCAUGGAAGUGUGCAUGGGAGGCCCUGCCAAGUUUCUCUUCCAUAUCUGAUCGUUACCGAAGUUUACGGCAGUAG